GGGGAUCGUGAAAUGCCCAUUUACAAAAUACAACCCAAAUGUUCUUCUCUUCACAAAAUACAACCAAGAUGACCCGGCCCGUUUCCACAGAGUCUUCCGAGUUGACUCACUCAUUUGUGAAUCGCCCUUUUUUUCAGGGUCGCCACUCCCCAACGCCAUAAAAACGAAAGGAGAAAACCAGAGAAAAUUCACAUUUUUCUUAUCAAUGAUAUUAGAGAAUGAAUAAAUCCGGCAGAAUAGCGGCGGCGAUCAAUUCGCAAGCCAACCCUUUUCAGCUCAGAGCUUGCCUUUUUCACAGCACUCCUGUUUCCGAGCGCAAAAGGCGCACCCAUUGGGAUCCCGUCAGCUUUGUUAGGGGUUCCCCAAAGAAAUUUAACCAGUAUCAGAGAAGGCUCAAGAAAAAGACUUUGUGGCGGGAUGUCCAUGAAUUUGCAGAGAACAUAUUUCAGAGCUGGGAUACGGAAAGGGAUAAGCACGAGCAACCAGGUCGAAGAAAUUCAUGGUUCCGACCAAAUUUCAGGGACAAUGAAUCUAAUAGGGGCAGGUCGAGAUAUAGAGCAUCACAAUUUAGGAGGCGUUUCGAGUUUUGUGAUGAUAAUGAUGAUGGUGGUGUUGAAUACGACAUGUUCCACUCCAUGUUUGGUGGAAAACGAUCCUUCUAUUGGUCCUCCACAAUAGAUGAUGAUGAACCACAUUUUUCGCGCUCAUCAGCUUACUCUAGCAACUAUAGGACUUCUAGUGGUCGAACAUAUCAGUUUGGUGAUGAAUACGAGGAAUAUUACACAUCUCAACAGUACGAGAGACCCGUAGAUGGGUUGAGGACCGACAGGCUUGCUCUGGGACUCAGUCCGGCUGGUCCAUUAAAAAUAGAUGAUGUUAAAAGCGCAUAUCGAGCUUGUGCAUUAAAAUGGCAUCCAGAUCGUCACCAGGGCUCUUCCAAGGUGGUUGCAGAAGAGAAAUUCAAGGUCUGCAGCGCAGCAUACCAGUCUUUAUGCGAUAAACUGGCGCUAAAUUAGGGGGAAAAAAUUAUUUUUUGUAGUAUUAUAUAUGGAGUCAUUGUCGUUAUAGGAUCUCACUAAUUAUGAUUAGCUUAAUUUUGUAUCGGUUAACAGGAGGAAUUUCUUUCAAGAAAGAAGCAUCACUUGCAAAUAUAGUACCAUUUUAGUUUGAUUUUGAUGGAAAUAAACCAUUUUAUUGGUUGUGUUAGAA